AUGGCCCCCGGAGCCGCCGGGAAGGGCUGGCGAGGGGGGGAACAGCACCGCCCGCUCGGGGCGGUCCCAGCCCGCCGGGGGGGCCCAGCGGGGAUAAAAGCCGGGUCUCCGGCGGGGCCGGGAGAGCGGGGCAGGAUGAGCGCGGCCCCGGGCACCUCCCGAGCCCCCCAGCCAGUGCUCCGGUUCCCCGACGGGACGGGCGGGACGGGCGGGACGGGCAGCGGCCGUGUGGAGGUAGGGGCGGGCUGCACCCUGGGGCCGUGUUCCUGCCCGGGGGGGCCGCGGAAACGGCGGCGAACCACCUUCAGUCGGGGGCAGCUGUGGGAGCUGGAGCGGGCCUUCGCCGCUGUGCCCUACCCGGACAUCGCCACCCGGGAGCGCCUGGCCGAGCUCACCCACCUGCCCGAGGCCAAGAUCCAGGUCUGGUUCCAGAACCGCCGCGCCCGCAGGAUCCGCAGCACCAAACCAGAGCCACCAACACCGCUGUCCCAACGGCCAGGGGAGCCGGGUCCCGCCCAACCACCCCCUAAUGGAACCACCCCAGGUCCAGCCCCCACUCUGCCUCCACCGGGAGCCCCCAGCCCUGCUCGGGGCCUCCCCACCUCGCUGGGAUCCACCUCCGACCUCAUCUACAGUGUGGCCAUCACCAACCUGGGAACAGGAAGGAUGAGGUCUGAGGAAUGCAGCAAAUCUUCCCGGGAGCAGGUACAAACAGAUGGCAGAAGAUAAAACCUGCCCCAAAUUAAUGA